AUGGAGAGCGGUACCUUCACGGCUCAGGGCGUGAGAGUAGCCGUUGAAGGCUGUGGGCACGGCACGCUCCAUGCCAUCUAUGCAGCGGUUGAAGCUUCGAGCAAAGCUCGAGGAUGGGAUGGUGUGGACGUUCUCAUCAUCGGGGGAGAUUUUCAAGCUGUGCGGAAUCCCGCCGAUCUGACUGUCAUGUCCGUCCCGGUCAAGUAUCGAAAACUGGGAGACUUCCACGAGUACUACUCAGGCGCUCGCAAGGCACCGUACCUCACAAUCUUCGUGGCUGGAAACCAUGAGGCCUCAUCCUAUCUUUGGGAACUCUACUACGGCGGCUGGGUCGCGCCAAACAUCUACUACAUGGGCGCCGCCAACGUCUUGCGUCUGGGUCCCCUGCGCAUUGCUGGCAUGAGCGGCAUCUGGAAAGGAUUCGACUACAGGAAGACGCACCACGAGCGCCUGCCAUUCAGCCAGGACGACAUAAAGAGCUUCUACCACGUACGCGAGAUUGAUGUGCGGAAACUUUUGCAACUCAAGACGCAGGUCGACGUGGGGAUCAGCCACGACUGGCCGCGAGCGGUCGAGAGGCAUGGCGACGAAGGGCAGCUAUUCCGCAUCAAGCCCUUCUUCAAGCAAGAGUCGUUGGACGGCACGCUGGGGAACCCCGCGGCAGAGUAUGUGAUGGACCGUCUGAGGCCCGCCUACUGGUUUUCCGCGCAUAUGCACGUCAAAUUCUCUGCGGUGAAGAAAUACGACCCGCCCACGGCAGCGCCUGGGCCCGGAGAUACUGCUGCGUCAACAGAACCACAGCCAAACGAGCCGAGUCAGGUUCUUCCGGCUCCUGUUGCAGACGGACAGCCCAACCCUGACGAGAUCGACCUUGAUCUCGACGAUGAGGAUGAGGAACCCGCUACCACUGCCCCGGAUAACAGUAACAAGGAAGACCCAGCAGGCGCAGAAUCCAGUGUGGAAGGCGUCUCGGCCGAGCUGCUCGCACAGCUACCAGAGUCCUUCUCAAAACCUCCGCCGCAACAACAAGUCCGCAAACCAAAAAUGACACCCGGCCAGCCCGUCCCACCGACAAUCACAAACACAGUCACCCGCUUCCUCGCCCUGGACAAGUGCGAACCAGGCAGGCAUUUCCUGCAGCUAUGCGAGGUUCCUCCCCUGGACCCGUCAAAUAGCGAGGCACACCCGCCCCAGUCCACGACGCCGCGCUACAGGCUGCAGUACGACCCGGAGUGGCUCGCCAUCACUCGCGUCUUCGCCAAGGAUAUCGUCAUCGGCGAUAGGUCGGCACAGUCAUCGCCCGACCUCGGCGAGGCUCACUAUGCGCCCCUGAUAGAACGAGAACGGCAAUGGGUCGAGGAGCACGUGGUGGCGCCUGGAAAGCUAGAUGUACCCGACAACUUCACCAUCACGGCUCCGGUACAUGAAGCUGGACAGCCCGAGAUGGUACAUCACCAGCCCGACGAGUACACGAACCCGCAGACCGAGGCGUUCUGUGCACUUGUCGGGGUGGAGAACGUGUGGGCAGCCAGCGAGGCAGAGAGGCUGGAGAGGAAGAAGCGAGGACCGCCGGCAUCGCAUGGCCGUGGGCUCAGGAGCGAACGUGAUGGAGAUCGUAGGGGCGGUCGGGGAGGUGGCAGAGGGAGGGGUGGAAGAGGCUGGCGAGGCCGUGCGUGGCGACCUGCAAGCAAACCUCAGCAGCCCAAACAAUGCAUUGUUGACCGAAGCACUUUGACCCCCAACGCAGGGGAAGCCAAGAUACACGUUCCAAGCUCUGCCAGAAGCCAUUUGGGCCUGCGUGUUAACCCCAUGCCUCGCUCGGACGAAGCGGCCGCCUUCUUCACCGCAGUCUACAUGGCCGUGCAAGAGAUCCCGCACGGCAAGGUGACUAGCUACGGGCACAUCGCCGAACUCAUAGGUACCCCGCAGCGACCCCGGCAGGUCGGGGUGUGCCUGAAGCACUUGUCAGAAGACCCGGGAGCCCGUUUCAACAAUUCCAAUGUGCCCUGGCAGCGGGUCAUCAACUCCAAGGGCGUCAUAUCACCGAGGUCCCAGCCAUCAGGUUCACUGAACCAGGCAGCAGCGCUGAGAGCUGAGGGGGUUGAAGUGACGGCUGGGGCUCUGGGGGAGCUCACGGUGGACUUCUCAGAAUAUGGAUGGUUCCCUCGGGUUCUGCCCUCAGAAGCCGAGGAGCAGGGAUCCUCUGAAGAGGCUUGA